UACAUAUACAGACAUACAUACAUACACAUAAAACAGAACAGACAGAUAAACAUACAAAAGAAAGGAACUCAAGCAUUUUCCAUUUAUAAAAGAAAAGUUCUAAGUUAUGCGAGUAAGUGUUCUUGUAGAAAGGUCAAAACGGAGAAUGCGUGUGAUUUCACGGAUACGUCAAAAAUAAUAAUAAUAAUAAUAUAAUAUUAAUAAUAUUAAUAGAAUAAUACUAAUAAUUACACAAUAAUAAAAAAGAAAAAACAACAAAAAAUACAAUUCGCAAGCAAACGAAACGAAUAAAGAAAAUGCCACACGACAUUUACUCUCAUCUCCUGCCAUAUAUAUAUAUAUAUAUAUAUAUAUAUACAUAUAUAUAUAUAUAUGUGUAUAUAUAUAUAUAUGUAUAUAUUAUACACAUACACAUGUACAUGUACAAUCUUCUUGCCACUACGCUCCAUUUCAUUUAAUCUAAAUUUACAUUCGUCUAUUCGACAAUUCUUGGUAGAUUAGAUAUAUACAUAAAAAAAGAAAAAGUACUACAGAAUUGAUGAUUUCGUUUCUUCGAAUUCUUUUAUGAUCAAAAUUUUGUUAUACAUAUUUUUUUUUAAUCAUUUAACAUCCAUUAAAAUCAUGAGGAAAUUUACAAAAAAGAAUAUAACUAUAUUCAUAUUUUUUUUAGUUUUUUCUAUAAUAUACUUUUUUCCAUUUAUAUGUAACUGAUACGUAACUGAUAUCUCAUAUCGUAUAUCAAAAGUAAUGAGAAACAGUGGCUAAAAGGUACAAAUGGUGAUGCAAAAUUCUUGAUAAAUUUCAUUCGUGUGACCAAAUUUUGUCUAUUAAAAAAGAAAAAAGAACAUAAAACGUACCUAAAAUAUUCUUUAUUUCAAAUUUAUUACAUUUCUUACACUUUUCAGUGAUGCAUUAAUUACGGUUCAUUUUUGUCUAAAAAUUAACUGACGAGUCUACAUCGGUCAUUUUUCUUAUCAUUAAGACCGUGUAAAUAUCUAUGUUAUCAUUAAUUAACACAUUGUUGAAUACGAUCACGAAUAUAAUCGUUUCUAUACAUGCAUAUAAUUUAUGUAAUUAUUAAAGUAUAAAAUUAUAUGUUUUUAUUACAGUAUUGUUUAUUGUAUUAGAUAGUGUUUGCCUACUUUUGAUAUAUUACAAAUUUUUCUGAAUUUUUUUAUAUUUUAAUAAAAUUUUAACUUAAUUAUGAACAUAGCCGGUGAAAUUACUAAUUGCAUAUAAUAACUGAUCAACAAUGUGUUAAGAUUAACUAUAAAUUAAUCUUACUAGAUUAUUUAUUUUAAUUAAAUUAAUAUUAACUGAAAAGUUAAUAUUAUAUAUAUAUAUAUAUAUAUAUAUAUAUAUAUUUUAGUAAGACUCUUUAUUUGUAAUGGUUUGAACGUAUAAGAUAUUACAAGUUGGAAAAAUUAUUUCGAUUAUUGAAAGCAAGAUAAUAUUUUGAGUCGUCACGAAGGACAAUUUUCAGUUAAAAGUGAUCUACGAGUUCGUAAUAACGGCACAUACGAAUUUCUAGAAAUAAUCGAAUUUCCUUCUAGAUUCUCGGUAUAUUUUUAUUUAUAUCAAUUUUGAUUGUAUAUUUUUAAUCUAUAUUGUUUUUAACGUAUUAAAGAGAUACGCGUGAAAAAAUAAAAAAAAAUGGAGGAGGAAAGUGAGUAUUAGGCCAGGUAUAAUUUCAUUUUUUGCAAUCUUUGUCUUUAUCCUUUUAAUAAGCAAAAUUUAUGAUUUCUAAUAUGUACAAAAGAAACGCGUAACAUUAUUUUAUUUUGAUUUUGUAGAAGUAAGUUUAAAUAAUAAUUCUAACUGUACAAUCCUUUCCUUAUCGAGUGGACUUAACAACGUAUACGAAUCUUUGAACAAGAAAUAUGAAACUUCUCUGACCAAAUUAGUUUGCAAUAAUCAAAAACAAAAAAAGGGAAAGUCAUAUUUUAGCGAUGAUUUAGAUAGCACUAAAUAUUUGUGGGAAGAUAUCAGUAAAGAAAAUAUCAAAUGUAAUGCCGAGGAACGAAAUAAUCGUCUUACAGAUUCCAAUUGUAUAAAAAAUACAAAUACAACGGACUUUGUUGAAAAUAAAAACGUUCCUUUACGAGUUUUAAUAAGGCAGAUGUUGGACGAAGCCUUUGGAAAACCUUGUAACGUAACCAACGUUAAUGAAGAUAGAAUAGAUUUGCAAAAUACAAAUGAUAAUAAAAUCAAUUCUAAGCGGUCAUCAUUAAUGUUAAUGAGAGAAGAUAGUAUAGACUCGAAAAAUAAAACGAAUAAUUCUUCGUCGUCUAACGAGACGUCCUUGGAUUGUGUAAAAUACAUAGAUAAUAAGUUAAUCUCUAUAGAAGAAGAAUCAGUGAAUUUUUCAUCUAAUCAUAAUACUAUUGAAUACACGGGAAUGUAUUUAAGUAGAUUAUUGAAAUUUGAACGGAAAUCCACUGAACGAAUUAAAAACAACGAUAUUGCGUCGUUGGAAGACGAUAAUGAUAAUUCUACAAAUAACGCUAAAUUUAAUAAGGAUUUUUUACGCUCUUCGGUUUUACAUGAUAUAGACGAAAAUGAGGAAAAAGAAUGUGAUGAUUCUUUGCACUGUAUGGAUUUCAUGAAAACUAAGUUACCAGUAAAUCGAGAAAUUAAUAUCGAAAAUAAAUUUGUAACUAAAAUUCAAAGUAUAAUAAAUUCUUCAAAUAAUUUAAAUUUCAAUAGUAGCGAGGAAAAAACUACAGAUUUUUUUAAUAUUUCGAAUAACGAAAACACUGUAGAAAAGAAAGAAAUGUUUCAUAAAAGAUCAAACUUAUCAAAAAGGAAGGAAACGAAAGAAAUCUCUUUGACUGAUGAUAAUUCUAUUGAUAUUGAUCAGUCUACGAAGAAUAAGUCGAAAUUUACCAGUAAAAUAACUAUAAACUUGCAAAAAUCUUACAAAAGACAACGUCAAUCUAUUACGUUGUUUCAAAUAAAAUUGUCUAAACGUACACCUAAAUUAUCUAUGAAUACGAGUAAUAAAUCGACUAAAACUAUUAUUCCUCACAAUAACGUAGUAUUAGAAAAAAAACAAAUUAAACAUACAAAUAUUUCUUCUACGAACGUAUCUAACAUAAAGAAAACUACAAAGAUCCCGAAAGUUCAACAGAAUCGAGGUAAUCAUUUUAUUAAUAUUUCGUCCUCAUUUCUAAGUAAAUGUAUUUUUUGUAAAUUUUUUCAAACUCUUCAAAAAAGUAUUUUUGUUUUGUCAGCAAAGUUAUUUAAAUCGCGUGAAAUUAAUAAAAAAAAACAGAUGUUGAUACCACAAUUAAUACUCACACCUGCCAGUCCUGAGAAUAGGGAUUAGUUAUGGAUCUAUCUUUGGUAGGAAAUACUUUUUUAUCAUAUUCUGUAUUACUAAGAACUAGCUUGUAAAUCUUUAUAAAUUAUAUAUAUUGUUUUCUUUUCUUUUAAAUAAUUUUUUACAAAGAAAAAAUGUAUCAAAACAUGUUCAUGCAGAUGAACCUAUUUUGAAUAGAUAUUUA